AAAGCUUGUGGCUACCUACAGAGGUUCUAAGGUUUUAAGGUUCUUCACGAAAAUUCUCCGAUGGGAGUUCCGUCGUUCUACAGAUGGUUAAUCCAGAGGUAUCCAUUGAUUAUACAAGAAGUCAUUGAAGAAGAACCACACGAAGUUAAUGGCGGCGUCACAAUCCCAAUCGAUACAAGCAAACCUAAUCCUAAUGGUUACGAGUAUGACAAUCUCUAUCUCGACAUGAACGGAAUCAUUCAUCCAUGUUUCCAUCCUGAAGACAAACCUUCUCCUACUACGUUCACAGAAGUGUUUCAAUGUAUGUUCGAUUACAUUGAUAGGCUUUUUGUUAUGGUUCGACCUCGGAAGCUCUUAUUCAUGGCUAUUGAUGGUGUUGCUCCAAGAGCUAAAAUGAAUCAACAGAGAGCUAGAAGAUUUAAAGCUGCAAAAGAUGCAGCUGAAGCAGCAGCUGAAGAAGAGCAGCUGCGGGGAGAGUUUGAGAGAGAAGGGAAGAAGUUGCCUCCUAAAGUGGAUUCUCAAGUUUUUGACUCUAAUGUUAUAACUCCUGGAACAGAGUUCAUGUCUACUUUGUCGUUUGCGUUGCGAUACUACAUUCAUGUUAGACUAAAUUCUGAUCCUGGGUGGAAAAAUAUUAAGGUUAUACUCUCGGAUGCUAAUGUUCCUGGUGAGGGGGAACACAAGAUCAUGUCAUACAUACGUUGUAAUAAGAACCAUCCUGGUUAUAACCCAAACACUCAUCAUUGUCUAUAUGGUUUGGACGCCGAUUUGAUCAUGCUCUCUUUGGCCACCCACGAAAUUCAUUUUUCAAUCCUUCGUGAGGUUGUUUUCUUUCCUGGAGAGGAAGACAGAUGCUUCUUGUGUGGUCAAGUUGGGCACCGAGCAGCAGAUUGUGAGGGAAAUUUAAAGAGGAAGGCAGGAGAAAUGCUUGAUAAUACUGAGGCAGAUGUUGUGGUGAAGAAGCCAUACGAGUUUGUCAAUAUAUGGAUACUUCGAGAGUAUUUGGAACACGACAUGCAGAAUCCUAACCAGCAAUCGAAAAAAAAUUUGGACCGUUUAAUUGAUGACUUCAUCUUCAUUUGUUUUUUCGUUGGGAAUGAUUUCCUGCCACAUAUGCCUACGCUAGAGAUACGGGAGGGUGCUAUAGAACUGCUGAUGUCUGUGUACAAGAAUAAAUUUAGAUCAGCAAAAAAAUACUUGACCGAUUCAAGCAAGCUGAACUUAAGAAAUGUGGAGCGUUUCAUCAAAGCCGUUGGGACCUAUGAAAAUCAGAUAUUUCAGAAGAGAGCACAAGUACAACAGAGGCAAUCAGGAAGGUUUAUUCGUGACAAAGCUCGUGAAAAAGCUCGUGACAGUGUUCAAGCAAGCAGACAGUUCUCUGGCAAGUUGGUGCAAUUAGAUUCUCUAGAUGAAGUGUCUGAUUCAUUGCAUUCCUCACCUCCACGAAAAUAUUUGCGUUUAUCUUUGGAUAAUAACAUUGGUGUGGCGAAUGUUGAAACAGAAAAUAGCUUCAAAGCAGAAGAACUAGAUAACGGAGAAGACUUAAAGUUUAAGCUUAAGAAACUGCUGCGGGAUAAAUCUGAUGUGUUCAGCUCAGGAAAGGGAGAACAAGAUAAGGUUAAGCUAGGUGCAACAGGAUGGAGGGAAAGAUACUACGAAGAGAAAUUCACAGCUAAGUCUGCCGAGGAAAUGGAACUAAUACGCAGAGAUGUUGUUUUGAAGUAUACAGAAGGUCUUUGUUGGAUAAUGCAUUAUUAUUAUCAUGGUGUUUGUUCCUGGAACUGGUUUUAUCCAUAUCAUUACGCUCCUUUCGCAUCAGAUCUCAAGGGCCUUGAGAGCCUAGAUAUUAAGUUUGAACUAGGUUCCCCGUUUAAACCUUUCAAUCAACUGCUGGCUGUUCUUCCAUCUGCAAGUGCACAUGCUCUCCCGGAGUGCUAUAGGACAUUGAUGACAGAUCCAGCUUCGCCUAUAGCUGAUUUUUAUCCUGCUGAUUUUGAGAUUGACAUGAAUGGAAAACGCUACUCUUGGCAGGGUAUAUCGAAACUGCCUUUUGUUGACGAAAGGCGUCUUCUGGAGGCAGCUACACUAGUGGAGAAAUCACUGACGAACGAAGAAAUUCGAAGAAACAGUGUGUUGUUUGACAUGCUCUUUGUGGUUGCAUCUCAUCCCCUUGCUGAACUCAUCCGUUCUCUUAAUAGCCGUACCAACAACUUGAGCAAUGAAGAACGAGCAACUAUCAUUGAGAAAAUUGACCCUGGACUAAGUGAUGGGAUGAAUGGGUACAUCGCUUCAUGUGGUGGAGAUAGUCAGCCUCCAUGUUUCAGCUCCCCAGUUGAGGGCAUGGAAGAUGUUUUAGCCAAUCAUGUCAUUUGUGCUAUAUACAAACUUCCAGAUGAUAUCAGAGGCAGCGAGAUUACUCAUCAAAUUCCAACAUUGAAAAUCCCUAAAAAGACUAUACAUCUAGUGGAUUUGAAAGCUGAAGGUCUUCUAUGGCAUGAAGAUGGUGACAGAAGACGAGCUCCUCCAAAAGUUAAAAAAAUCAAGAGGUAUAAUCCAGAAGGAUCUAUUUCUGGGAAUAGGCUUGGGAAGGCAGCACACAAGCUUGUGUUGCAAACAAUAAAUGCCCAACUUGAUAAUAACGCAGAUAUUUUACUCUCGCCGGAGUUUUCUCCUCCCACCGUCUCUGCUUCUCACUACCGCCGUACACAGUUGUUCUUCUCUCCCAACUACAAUUUCCUCCGCCGUUUCUUCAAGAUGAUUGGAUCGUUUCUUACAAGAGGAUUGGUGAUGGUGUUGGGUUAUGCUUACCCUGCGUACGAAUGUUACAAAACUGUUGAAAAGAAUAGGCCUGAGAUUGAGCAACUUCGCUUUUGGUGUCAGUACUGGAUAUUGGUUGCUUGCUUGACAGUUUUUGAGAGAGUUGGUGAUGCGUUUGUUUCAUGGGUUCCAAUGUAUAGCGAAGCUAAGUUGGCGUUCUUCAUAUACCUGUGGUAUCCUAAAACCAGGGGUACUACAUAUGUCUACGAGUCCUUCUUUAGGCCAUAUCUCUCACAGCAUGAGAAUGACAUAGACCAUAGUUUGUUGGAGCUAAGGACAAGAGCUGGAGAUAUGGCAGUUAUAUACUGGCAACGAGUUGCAAGCUAUGGUCAGACCAGAAUCCUUGAGAUUUUGCAGUAUGUUGCUGCACAAUCAACUCCAAGGCCGCAGCCACCUCAGAAACGUGGAGGUAGAGCUAAUCAAGCUCCUGCUAAGCCUAAGAAAGCCCCUGUACCCCAACCAGAAUCUGAAGAAGCAUCAUUACCCUCGUCCCCUAGCUCAUCUUCAAGUGAAAAUGAAGGUAAUGAGCCAACCCGUAAAGCAUCAGGCCCGUCAAGACCUAGACCGACAGUGACAUCUGUACCAGCCGCAGAUCCCAAAAACGCCACUCAGAUAGCACAAAAAUCAGUAGCUUCCCCAAUUGUGAACCCGACCCAAUCAACCAGCCAAGUGGAAACGGAACCAAUGCAGAUAGAAGAAGUGGAAGGAGAAGCAGAAUCAGGGAAUGAAAAUCCAAACCCGGAAGGUCCAAAAGAGACGGUAAUGGAGGAGACAAUCAGGAUGACUCGUGGGAGGUUGAGGAAGACGCGUUCAGAAGAAAGCCGUUGAAAGAAAAAGAAGAAGAAGAAGCUCAACUCAAAAAAUUGUUAAUUACUUG